GGGGUUUACAGACAAAAAAAAUAAUUCACAAACAUAGGUGUAUACAAAAGUGAGUAUAAGAGUGAGAAAGAUCAUUUUUCCAGUUCAAGAAGGUUGAUGCUCUGGACAUUUGGAAGGGGAUAUACAAACAUCAGUUAGGUGACUGUGCGCUUCGACUUUUGCUUCACAAUCUAAAUGAGUUUCCAGGUACUCGGCAGCACUUCCGUUGCACAGCCACCGCCGCCAUUGCCACCGUCUCUUGUCUCCAGGAGCCGCAUCCCAGCCCAUGCUUACACUCAACCCACAAUCCUCUUGGAGCUCUGCAUUUCCACAAAAGAGCUCCGCCAAAUGCUCCCUGUCGCGAUCAAGAACGGCCUCUACAACGACCACCUCUUCCAAACCAAGCUGCUCAGCCUUUUCUCUAAAUUUGGCAGCUUCAACGACGCUUUCAAAGUCUUUGAAUCCGUCAGUAGCUCCAAACCGGAUGCUCUGUACCACACUAUGCUCAGAGCCUAUACCAGUCACUCCUCUUUGGAGUCUUGCGUCUCCUUCUACUCUCGUAUGAGGUCCGACAAUGUCGAUCCCGUUGUACAUGAUUACGCGUAUUUGAUCAAGGCCUGCGCACAAAGUUCUGAUAUUCGGAAGGGUAAACAGAUACACGGGCAGUUGAUUCUGAAUGGCUUUUCGAGCAAUCUGUUUGCUAUGACUGGCGUUGUGAAUCUAUAUGUGAAAUGUGGGCUGCUGGAAGAUGCGCUCAGACUGUUUGAGAGAAUGUCUGAGAGGGACUUGGUGGCUUGGAACACAGUUAUUGCUGGGUUUACGCAGAAUCGGAUGCCUAAGAGAACGUUGGAAGUGCUUUUGAGGAUGCACAGGGAAACAUCUCAUAGGCCUGAUUUGAUCACGGUGGUUUCAAUUUUGCCCGCCUGUGCUGCUAUUGGAUCCUUGAGGAUCGGGAAAUCCGUACAUUGUUAUGUCCUAAGAAACGGGUUGGUAUCUUCUGCAAAUGUUUCAACUGCUCUGGUGGAUAUGUAUGGAAAAUGUGACUCUGUCAGUGCUGCAAGGUUGGUCUUUGAUAAGAUGGAUCUUAGGACAGUGGUUUCAUGGAAUGCUAUGAUUGAUGGGUAUGCACAAAGUGGGAAUUCAAAUGAAGCUCUAGUUUUGUUUGAAAAUAUGUUAAAUGAAGGAUUGAAGCCAACCAAUGUCACUGUCAUGGCUGCUCUACACGCAUGUGCCGAAUCGGGGAAUAUCGAGUUCGGGCGAAACAUUCAUGAAAUGAUUGAUCAAUUAGGACUUUGGGCAGACUCUUCUGUUGUUAAUACUUUAAUCUCAAUGUAUAGUAAAUGCAAAAGAGCCGACAUUGCUUAUGGAUUGUUUGAGAUUACUACCAGAAAGACGCUUGUAACUUGGAAUGCUAUGAUUUUGGGCUUUGCACAAAGCGGACAAGUAUUGGAAGCCAUAGAUCUCUUCUGCAAAAUGCAACUGCAGAACAUCAAACCUGACUCAUUCACUUUGGUUAGUGUUGCCACAGCUCUUGCUGAGUUAUCAGUGUUACGCCAGGCCAAGUGGAUCCAUGGACUUGCUAUAAGGACUUGUUUGGACAAAAGCAUGUUUGUUGUAACUGCCCUUGUUGACAUGUAUGCAAAAUGUGGAGCCGUUUCCACUGCAAGAAAGUUGUUUGACAUAAUGGAUGAUGAUAGGGAGGUAAUAAUAUGGAAUGCCAUGAUUGAUGGAUACGGAACACACGGUUUCGGAAUGAAAGCUAUUGAAUUAUUUGAGGAAAUGCCCAAACGAUCCAUAAGGCCGAAUGACAUCACAUUCUUAUGUAUCAUCUCAGCUUGCAGCCACUCAGGUUUUGUAGAGAAGGGGAAGCACUACUUUAAAAUCAUGAAGAAAGAAUACGGGAUAAAACCCUUAAUGGACCAUUACGGUGCAAUGGUUGACCUUCUUGGUCGUGCCGGUCGACUUGAUGAGGCUUGGGAUUUCAUCAAUAAUAUUCCAGUCAAGCCCGAGGUCAAUGUCUUUGGGGCAAUGUUGGGUGCUUGCAAGAUCCACAAGAAUGUUGAGUUGGGCGAGAAGGUUGCAGACAAACUAUUUGAGUUAGAACCAGAUGAUGGUGGGUACUAUGUUCUGCUUGCUAAUAUAUACGCCUCGGCUUCAUUAUGGAAAAAAGUCGCCCAAGUAAGAAUUUUGAUGGAGAAGAAAGGGAUUCGGAAAGCACCUGGGUGUAGUUUGGUGGACUUGAGAAAUGAGGUUCACACUUUUUACUCUGGAAGUACUGCCCACCCACUAUCAAAACAAAUCUAUGCAUACCUUGAAACUCUGAUAGAGAGGAUUAAAGCUGCGGGGUAUAUACCCAAUACAGAUUCAUUUCAUGAUGUGGAAGAUGAUGUUCAGGAAAAGCUGGUCAGUACCCAUAGUGAGAAGCUGGCUAUUGCAUUCGCCCUUAUAAAUACCAGUCAUGGUACAACUAUUAAUAUCAGGAAGAACCUUCGGGUUUGUGGUGAUUGCCAUACUGCCACGAAAUUCAUUUCUCUUGUGACUCAAAGAGAAAUUGUUGUGCGCGAUAUGCACCGGUUCCACCACUUCAAAAAUGGAACCUGCUCUUGUGGAGAUUAUUGGUGAUCCCCAUGACAGGUGCCUUCUCUGAAAUUGAUAUAUUGCGUUGCAAUCAUUCUUGUACAACUUCUAUGACGGCCAGUUUGUACAUACCAGUGAUUUUUAUCAACCUUUUGUCUACUUUCCAUGGGAAAAUAACUCAUACAACAUUUCUUUGGAUCAGUAUAUGUUAGUGGUAGUUGUUUAAUGAAGAAUAUCACAGGGGCUAUUGUGAUAAAACAAGUUACAUAAUUAAAGCGUUGUUGUGUAGUAGACUAAUACUGUAACUUAUGUAUAAAACAAUUGUUCUUACUUCUUUUAGCUGAUUAGGUGAAUAAACAGCACUGUUGAUGGAUUUUGUGUUUCACAAAAUACAUUUAAGGUCCAUGUAUUUCCUUUCUGAACAUUCUGAAGUUUACCCAUCAUCUUUCAACCUCUAUAAUAAACAUUUGUCCAUCAAAAACACUGUUUCACUGCAAUUCUUGGAAGUACUUUUCGUAAGUGUUUUUCUAAAGACUAAGACCAGGGAUACAUCUUCUUUAUACAAUUUUUGUAUAUUGGGCGUUUAAAAAUUUAGAAAGAAAGUGUAGUUCUCUAUCCAACACGUUCUUAUUGUGUCCUUAGGUCAGAUGAAGUCUCCGGCACACCUUGAGUAAACAGAUCAAGCUUAAAGGGUGUUGUUGAGGUAGUUGAAGAGUCUGCUGACCUCAAUACAGAACUUCAGGCACUGGAAAGACAUUCUAGUAAGAGUAAAAGCUCUGUAGCUUCUCUUAAUGAAGUGAUACAGUUGUAUAAUGAACUGGGUUUCAGAGCUGGUAACAACUGCAUCAGAGGUCCGAUCAUCCUUGGAGAAAAGGGUGAUUCUAAUGUCUAUUGAUAUUGAACACGAGAGCAGAGAAAAUUCGCAAGCUGGAUGAUGAUGAUAAGCUUCGACUGAAUUAUCAUGGUUGUGGUAACCAUUGUGGUAUGCGUAAUGCCAAACUUGAAGACCUUAAACAAUUUCUGGAUGAUUUGAAGACGCCAAAUGAUCUUGAGCUUGUUCUCACUGUGAGCUAAUGAAUGAUGCACAACUCUGCAUGACUGUCGAUGGCUACUCCCUAUGGAGUUUCUAUUCUAUUUACCCAUUUGACAGGCAACUAAGUUUUUGAAAAUUGAAAUGUUUGGCUGAAUUGUUUUUAGAAAGGACAAACUCAAAUCACACAUCUUUGGAAGAUUAUAUAGGGUAAUAAUCACAAUGCACAAUGUGAAAGGAGGAAUUACAUAAAAUAUAAAAAGUCCACCUUCAAUUGGAUUUAUGCAAACAAUGAAAUAUUCA